AUGAUAAAAGCAAUAGGAAGGUACAUAUUUGUCCUCCUAACAUGUCUAAAUUUCUGCGUUUGUGAUUUGAGUAAUUGGCCGUGGUUAUCAUUUCAAGAGUCCGUUGCUGUGAGAGGACAGAGAGAUACAUCAAAAAACAUACCCAUAGAUCAGUUGACUACUCUCGGUGUAUCUUUAAGUAGUCAACUAUUUGAUAAGAAAGGCUACAUAAAUGAUACUCUAAGUGAUAUUGAGACCUUGUUGAAUGUUGGUGUACAAACAUUAGUUGUCGAUAUAUAUUGGAAUGAGUUUAUUGGAGUUUGGCAACUUUGUCCGGCCCCAUUACCUAAGAAUCAAACGCAGCAUCUAAAUGAAAAACACAAACUCACUUGGGAAGGUAAGACUUAUACUUGCCAGCCUACAUUUACCUUCAACAACUUAGUGGGAACCAUUAAUAGCUACUUAUCAGCUUCAAAUCUCAAUUUGGAUCUUAAUUUAAUUCAAAUACUCUUAAACUUGCAUUCGAUCCAUUACAAAGAAGAUAUUAAAGCAAAGGUCAAUAGUUCUUCCGUGAUCUCUUUAAAAGAGGGCUACACGUUGCCAACUUCAAUUUCUUCGCAACUAGGGAAUUCUACUUUAUCACAAGACUUUCUGACCUUUGGAUCGCUCACAUUCACAGCUAAUAAUUUGAAAAGUUUUCAGGAACGAUAUAAUACUCUGUUAUCGUUUUUCAAUCAAUCAUCGAUCAUGUUUCCGUCAUUGCAACACUUCCUUUUCUUCGAGUAUCAAAGAAUAUUUGUUGGAAUCAAUUCUAAUAAUUUGGUUAAUUCUUCAGCAACUUACAACUUCACCACACUUGAUAAUAAUACUUUUUUUUCCUCGGAGAGGUAUUUUGAGCCUCUUCCUCAGACUACAUUCAAUAGAACUCUUUGGGAUGACUGUCAAAAUGUUUUGGCGAAUUUUCACAACAAUGAAAACCAUAUUGACUAUUAUAAUAAUUUAUAUUUGAAUACUCAUUUCAGGUUUGUAUCUGAUGACGAUAGAUACCCAUUUACUAACAAGUCUAUUCAAGAUUAUGUUGCAUGUGGUUAUUCUCCGAUAUUAAAUGCUUCAAAAUAUACCGACGUAUACGAGCAUAAAGAUUCGACCUCUUUGGGCAGAAUUGUCAAUCACUUUCUUCCUCUUUCUUUCUGGUCAUGGGCUGCAAAUGAGCCGACUCAUAUGGAAUCCUCUGGUGUGAAUGAUGAAAAUACUGGUAAUCGUGCUGCCUUUAGGUGUGUCGCUAUGACUAAAGAUGGGUUCGAAGUCAAAAAUUGCUACGACAGCCAUUCGUAUGCAUGUCAAAAAUAUAACGAGCCAAACAAUUGGCGCAUAGAAACAAAGAAACUUCAGUAUUUUGAAGCAUUCAAUUCAUGCCUGGAGGGUUAUAGUCUAGGAGUACCACUGCUGAGUGUAGAAAGCCUUUCAUUGAGAAACACUAUGAUACGGAUGAACAUUUCGCGUCCUAUUUGGGUCGAUAUGAAUGAUAUUACUGUUCCUGGAUGCUUUGUUACAGGUGGGCCGUAUAUGGAGUGCCCAUAUCAGAAGACUGUGAGUAAGCUUAAGCUUGUUAGGUUAAUUGCUCCAGGUUUUGUCGUUUCGGUGGUGCUUUUAUUUCUUAUAUUCCUUGAAAGAUUUAUUAGAAAAAACCCCAUCCAAUCAAACCGGAAAAGGCAUUGGAAAAAGGUCAUUAAUGAAUACUACAAAGACAAUGACUACGAAGGGGUACCUUCAUGA